ACGUCAUCUUUGUCAGCCCCGCCCAGUCAGCUGUUCGAACGAGCCUAGCCGAGGCAGCUAAUAAACAAACCCGUUAAAAUACAGAUAUUUGUACACGAUGGAUAAGAGUACUACGCGGUACAAUGUACAGCUGUACAUCUACGAUCUAUCGAGAGGGAUGGCUCGCAGCCUCAGCCCCAUCAUGUUGGGGAAACAGCUGGAUGGCAUCUGGCACACGGCUAUCGUGGCGUACGGUGAUGAGUUCUUCUUCGGAGGGGAGGGGAUCUCCAGCUGUUCACCGGGUGGGACAAUGCUGGGACCUCCAGACAAUGUAGUGGAGCUGGGUGAGACUGAAGUGUCCGAGGAAAUCUUCAUGGAUUACCUCUCCUCCCUUGGAGAAAGCACAUACAGAGGGGACAGGUAUCGUCUGUUUGAGCACAACUGCAACACCUUCACCAAUGAGGUGGCUCAGUUCCUGACCGGCAGGACCAUCCCCUCCUAUAUCACUGACCUUCCGUCCGAAGUCCUCUCCACACCAUUCGGCCAAAUACUGCGGCCCAUCCUGGACUCUAUCCACAUCGCACCUCCAGGGGGCAACGUCAUCAACAGAGGCAGAAACGUCUAACCUGAGAGUCACAGUGUUCGAGGUCACUUCCAUUGUAGUCAGUCACUAAUACGUCUCAAGCUUGUCUUUCUUUCUGUCUUUCUUUCUUUCUUUCUUUCUUUGUAGUUAAAAUUAAUUGAUUUAAUUUUUCUUCCUUAAAAUCAAGUGGGUUGGUGAAUUCGACUUAGUGGCAACUCACUGCCCACUUGAUGAAAUUUGAGGGUGCCUUGGUCAGUUGAAAUGUGAUAUGCUAAUGAUCAAUUGGAAAGUUAAAAAAAACAGAUCAAAGUUUUCAUUGUACCCGACGAGCAAAGUAUCAUAUAAAGUAUCAUAUAAAGUAUCACAUCCACAUUUAAUACAUUUAAAUACCUCUUAGCACAUUGGUGCAUUAAGCGUAUUCUACAUACAGUAUACAUAUACACAUAUAUAUAUAUAUAUAUAUAUAUAAAUGUUUUUUUUGGUAUAGCAACAUGUUAUUUAUAAUAAAGAUUUUGUUUAUUUAAUGAAGUUAAGGAAUUCAGUUUCGCUCAUAUCAGGUUUCACACAAGGUUCCUACAGCGAGAAUCAUCUGCUGCUGACUACAAUGGAAUGAUUCAGAUUGUACACUUUAGCAUAGGUAUGUUUAAUAUAUUCAAAUCAAUGGAAUGCGGGUUAAUAGAAAGAUACAAACAUGUGUUUUAAUCUUUUAAUGUCAUGAUCAGAUUUUAAUUUUGCACUUUUUAUGUUUUGUUUUACUUUUUGUUAUUUGGUCGCCUGCAUUUCUCGCCAGAGAUCAUUUUGUACCUUUUGAAUAUUUGUCUCUGUUUCUCCUGAAUUCAGCUCGUUUCUGGUCGCCUACCGUACCUUCCAUUAUCAUUCCACCUGUCACAGAGUUUGUGAAAUGAAACAAACAUUGUGUGACUGAUGCCUCAUUAGCUCAGCGCUUGUAAGCUUACAUAAGAGAUUAGCUCAAAUGUUUAUCUAUACAGCAGGACUGGGAUCAGGUCACCAUGAAUUCAGUUAUGUCUGUGCAUACAAAAGUUAACCCUGUCAUGAGUAACAGCAAGUAGAGCAAGAAGAAAACUCAUGAUGAAGUUCCAUCAGGCUGCAGAAAUCAUUUUUGUCCAGUUUUGAAAAAAGAAAUUAGUUUUUUUGGCCAGACACAAACAAGUGUUUAAGGGUUUUCAUUUAAAAUCGACUAAAAGUUAACUACUGCGCAGUUACGUCACGUAAGUUUUGCCUCUUGGUCUGUGCCACCAGCUCCACGGGUAGAUGCUGAUCACUGAUACACUUUUUCUUUCAUUUUCUUUUUUAAAUACUUAUGUUCCAGUUGCCAUGUGGAUACUUCUAAACAAUUGCAAAUCCACAGAUAUUUUUAACGAAGCGGUGACCAUAUGUAGACUGAAGUUCUGCACCGAUGACUCAUUGCUUGAGUUCUUUAACAGCCAUCAGAGUGUGUUUGAUAUAAAAUACAUCUCUGUGCCUUCGUUUCCCUUCGCUUGGUUGCAGUCACACUGUGUGGUUGAUGCCGUGGUUAUAGUUUAGCACAGAUCUCAUUUUUGAUUCACUGCAUGAAGGUCCAACCCUAAAUAUCUUUAAACAACUCAAAUUAGGCGAAGUUGAAUCACUGCACUCUGGCGUUAGAAAGAACAUAUAGCUGUCUUAUUUCAAGACAAUACACACAGUGGAUCACAUGCUUAAGAUUGAUCUGAUUACAUGAAACACACUGAACCUCAUGAGCCAACAAACAGAAGGAAGGAUGAAAGAAGCACAGAAAAAAAAGGCAGUAAAGAGUGAUUAAACCAGCAUUAACAUUCACCGUGUUCUCCUGCAAUAAAGAAACCUCACACACACUUGACCUUCCCAGCAGUCACUGCUAAAAGUUCAACCUCACGUCUGUAAGUAUUUGGAUACUUUGAGAGAAAUGAAAACUGACUCCUGCUCUGAGAGGCCCAGAAAGCUCAGGUGAAUCCGGGUUCUGUUGUUUUUUGCCUUCAGCUAACCAACUAACUGACAUGCUAACCGGACCACUGAAAUGUAUUACUGCACAAGUCACCCUUCCUCGCUGUGACGUGUCGUUGCUGGCUCUAACCUGUAAUGUGAAAUUGAAACAGAUAUAUUUAUGGAUAUAAAAUCCUUAUUUGAAUAAUCUAACUAUGGUGGAUAUGUUCAUGCAUAUUGUUUAUAUGGUUUGUGUAAUUGUUUUUUUGUAAUCUGACCUAUACAUAAAGCCAGUGACUGCAAA